GACAGCGUAGUCGGUCAGUAUAAAACUACAUGUAUUAGAAGGACAAAGUGGUCGAUCCGUCGCGUCGUGCCUGUUGCACCGUCUCCAAACUUCGUAUACAACCAGAAUGGAAAAUCAGCUCAUAAUCGCCCCCACUUUACCCUUGGUUGCUGACAACGGUUCAUCAUUACGGGAAAACGUUUUGAGCAGAUCCGGCUACACUGGCUUCGCCGUGUACCUUGCAGUGGUCAUUUUCUUCAGCGUGUCCGGGAAUGUCACAGUAAUUCUCCUGUACGCUAGCAACAGAUCGCUGCACAACGUGGUCAACAUCCUGCUCCUGAACGUCUCCGUUGCUGAUUUGUCCGUAGCCGUGCUGGGAACACCCGUCUCCUUCGCUGCCAGUGCGGCCGGUCAUUGGUUACUCGGUCCCAUCGGCUGUACCUGGUAUGGAUUCAUCUGUACCUUAUCGGGAUGCGCGCAAAUUGUUGGAAUAGCAGCUGUCUCCUUACAUCGGUAUUUCUUGGUCGUGAAGCCAUUUGUUGCCAAGAGACUGACGACAGGAGGCGCCCUAGUCUGCGUGGGAUUUACUUGGGUCUACUCCCUGGCUGUCGCUCUACCUCCCGUUCUCGGAUGGAGUGAGUUCACACGUGAAGGCGCCGGAAUAUCUUGUUCCGUGAGCUGGCACUCUGGGAGUCGGUCUUACACGUUUUUCAUCUUCACCAUGAUCCUGGCGAUUCCCAUGGCUAUCAUCCUCUUCUCCUACAGCCAAAUACUUUUCACAGUAAAAAAGAUGGCCAAGUGCCAGGUUAGUAACCAGCGGUCAAGGGAGGCAGAGAAGAAAGUCACUAUCAUGAUUAUAGUCAUGGUGCUCACCUUUUUGGUGGCUUGGACCCCUUACGCCGCCCUGUCUUUGUACAUGGCCCUCGGCGGCGAUAGCGUCUCCAUUACACCCCUGACCGCUACCUUGCCAUCAAUGUUCGCCAAAGCAUCGACCACCUACAAUCCUGUUAUUUAUUUUCUUCUUCAUAAAAAGUUCAGAAAAGCUCUCCUUCAGACAUUCUCACGAAGGAAUCGUGACAGGAGCCUUCAUAUCAGCCCGACAGAGAGUAUACUUGCAAGAAAGGUACCAAUCGGAUGUCAAGGCCGCAACAUGUCCACCAACAAGCCUAGAAUGGACCAAAGAAUUCAGCUGGCAGGAGCAUGCAUAAUCCCUCCAAUGCAAUUUGGGAAUUGAUGAUAUUAAAGUCUGACCGCAGCCCCGAUUCAGACUCAGUGACGUAACUGGGGUUCAGUUGACUGGUGUUGGGGCACUCAGGGCCUCACUUUCUGGAGGGGGCAUUUAUGGUUUUGUUUUACAAUAGAAAGCUCACGUUGGGCCUUCCCCGUAUUCAGGGGGUGGGGCAUAGACCCUGAACAUAGGGAGUGAUGCCCUCCGUAGCUUCCCCAUUACUCACGCCACUGAUCCGAUCAGUUAUUAAGUUCUAAUGGCAAGAAAAUGCAAUAUUUUUGUCGCCUCAUGAUAGGCAUAUACAGUUUUCAUUCGUCGUUAUUGCAAUAAUCAUUCUGACAAGUUGUCCGUAACAACGUUCUACGGCAGAAACGGGUUUUUUUUUGCACCACAGUUGUGUAUAGCUCACCAUUGGAUAAUGGACUUAAUUAUAUCGCAAAGACAUCAUAAAAUGUCGUUAAAAUCAGGUUUAUUCCUUGAGAUAGAGUUGUUUAAUUGUUGUUUGUACUGAAGUAUUGUUAGUAUAAGUAUUGCAACUAUAUAUUUGACACGUUUAAAAAUGUUGAUAUAAAAAAGACAACUUGCAUUAAAAACAGGCACUCGCAAGAAACUUUUCUUUUUAAUCCGUAAAUUGACCUCACUGUAUUUCAGUUCUCAGUCGAUAUACUGCAGGACAAUGAGUCAUGUAGGGUAAUACAAUGUAUACGUUUCGAGCGUUGCUUUCGAUGACCUACAGUAAAGGGUUUACAGCUGCAUAAACAGAGAUCGUCUGCCGGACAGACAAGUGUGUCCAUCAUAACAAAAAUACAUUUUCAGUAAAUAUAGUGUGGACUUGCGAAUGGAGUUUUCAAAAAGGUUCACUAUUUUUUAUACGGCUCAUGGGAAGGGAAUAUUGAGCAAAUAUGUUUAUAAACGAAAAAUUCAUUUCAUGUCAACGCUUUUAUGAGGCAAAUAGUCGGAAGCACAAAACAAUGAUUGAGACUGCAAUCAAUUCGGGCGAUUCACAGUGCAGUGCGCCACCAAGAGUUUGCCAUGGAUAGUCCAUUUUUGAAGUUUACGGUCAACACAACAUGGCCCAUUUAAUUGAGUGUCAGUAGACAACUUGAGCUAGUUGAGGCGCGGUUCUAGAGCCAAUAUUUUUGG